ACUUCCAGCUCGGCUCGGCUCGGCUCGGCUCGGAGCAGGCAGAGCGGGGCCGCCCAGCCCUGCGAGGCCCAGCGUGCCAGCGGAAGCCAUGGCACUGGUGGUUCACAUCCUCGCCUGCCUCCUGGGCACCGGCUCGUGGGUGGCCAUCAACGGCAUGUGGGUGGAGCUGCCCCUCAUUGUGCCCCGGGUCCCGGAGGGCUGGUACCUGCCGUCCUACCUCACGGUGCUGAUCCAGUUUGCCAACGUGGGGCCGCUCUUCGUCACCCUCAUGCACCACUUCCAGCCUGGGCGGCUCAGUGAGCCCGGCACCAUCUACACCAUCGUCAGCCUCGGGGCGCUGGCCUGCGUCCUGCUGGCCUUCUUCUGGCAGGCAACCAGCGUGGUGGGGGGCACAACCCGCAGCACCGCCCUCCUCAUCCUCCUCUUCUUCCUCUCCCUGGUGGACUGCACCUCCUCCGUCACCUUCCUGCCCUUCAUGCUGCGCUUCCGGGCCCGGUACCUGACCACCUACUUUGUGGGCGAGGGGCUGAGCGGCCUGGUGCCCGGCCUGGUGGCCCUGGCCCAGGGCGUGGGGGUGGUCCGGUGUGUGAAUGGCAGCCUGGCAGGGAACGCCUCGGGCACGGGGCUGCGGGCAGAGUACCAGCCGGCCCGGUUCUCCGUUAGCCUCUUCUUCCUCUUCCUCGGUGGCAUGAUGGGCCUGUGCCUCGCCGCCUUCGUCCUGCUCAACCACCUGCCGGCCGCCCGGCAGGAGCGGGCCAAGGAGCGGUUCCAGGCCCAGGCCCGGGUGGAGGCCGGCGCAGGGCUGCAGGCCGUGGUGGAGGAGCGGCCCAUGAUCAGCCCCAGCGAGAGCCGCCGGCUCAGCAGCUGCUUCGGCACCGGCACAUACUCCUGGCCCCAGGUGGCCUACAUCUUCCUGGUGCUGGCCUGGGUCAACGCGCUGACCAACGGCGUGCUGCCCGCGGUGCAGUCCUACUCCUGCCUGCCCUACGGCAGCUCGGCCUACCACCUCUCGGCCACGCUGGCUGCCAUGGCCAACCCACUGGCCUGCUUCUUCGGCAUGUUCCUGCCCAACAGGUGUUUGCUGCUGCUCGGGCUCCUGACCGCGGCCGGCUCCGGGUUCGGCUGCUACAUCCUGGCCAUGGCGGCGCUCAGCCCGUGCCCGCCCCUGCUGCACAGCCACGCCGGAGCGACGCUCAUUGUACUGUGCUGGGUUCUCUUCGUGGGCUCGCUGUCCUACGUGAAGCUGAUGAUCGGCAUGAUCCUGCGGGACGAGGGGCACAGCGCCCUGGUGUGGUGCGGGGCCGUGGUGCAGCUCGGCUCCAUGCUCGGGGCGCUCAUCAUGUUCCCGCUGGUCAGCGUCUACAGCCUCUUCCGCUCCGGAGACCCCUGCACCACCCGCUGCCCCAGCUGAGACCCGCCAUGGCCUCCGGCCGGGGGGACACCGGGGCUGCCAGCUCAGCCCUUGGAACACUAGUCCUACUGGCCCAGCACUGCCGCCCUCUGCUGGGUGAAAUCAGAACUGCGCCAGCCACUAUCAUCAGCACUAUACUGCUGUCAGCUACUGGGGAUUCACCAUUAGCUCAAGUAGGUGGGCCUGGGCUGAGGAGCUGGAGUUUUUGACCUCUGUACUUGGUGUCACUGUGGUGCAGGGAGUGGCGAGUGUGCAGUGCAGAGAGGACUCGCAUGGCCUAGAAGGCCACAGAUGUGUUUGUUCCACUCAGGUUAUUACACUGUGCCCACCACCCUGGCAUCCUGGCCCCCUGGGGACAAUUCUAAGCACUGAGCAAGAGCCUCUCCAUUAACCCCCUGGUAGAGCAGGAUUAUGCCCAUUUUACACAUGGGGAAACUGAGGCACUGGGUGGGGAAGGGAUUUGCCCAAGGUCACCCAGCAAGUCAGUGGCUGAGAUGGGACUAGAACCCAGGAGUCCUGCCACCUGCUUUUGUGCAGGGUGACAGGAGCAGCCAAAUGCCUUCAGAGCUCCCCAUCACCUGGGCACUGGAACAUGGCACCGGGCUGCGCUCGUUCAACUGCUGAGCUGCCUGGUAAAAGCUGCUCCAGGGCAGGGCUGCCCAGAGGAUUCAGGGGGCCUGGCACAAAGCAAU